UGGAAUUCGAAAACGCUACCAUGGCUCAGAACGUUCAGAACGUCACGUUGUCGCUCACUCUGCCCAUCACGUGCCACAUCUGCCUGGGGAAGGUUCGUCAGCCUGUCAUCUGCAUCAACAACCACGUGUUCUGCUCCGUGUGCAUUGAUGUGUGGUUGAAGAACAACAACCAAUGUCCAGCUUGCCGCGUGGCCAUCACCCCUGAAAAUCCCUGCAAAGAGAUUAUCGGAGGAACAAGUGAAAGCGAACCCAUGCUUAACCACACAGUCAGGAAACACCUUCGGAAAACUAGACUUGAACUGCUCCACAAAGAAUAUGAGGAUGAAAUUGAGUGUCUGCAGAAAGAAGUCGAAGAGCUCAGAGGUCAAAACCUCAGUUUGGAGUCACAUCUGAAAACUGUUCUCAGUAAUUUUCCCUUGACCCCAGGCAACCAGAAUGAAGAAAGGGACCAGAUUUCAGAGGAAAAGAGUAAAGUUAACCCAGAAACGGUGGCGGAAUGGAAAAAAGAACUCAGAACUGCUAAUGACAUAUACGAAAAAGUGAAAGAUGAUGUGGAAAAGCUGAAGGAGGCAAAUAAGAAACUGAAAUUGGAAAAUGGCAGCCUGGUGAGGGAGAAUUUGCGACUUAAGGCUGAAGUUGAUAAUAGAUCUCCCCAAAAGUUUGGCAGGUUUACGGUCGCCGCCCUUCAGUCUAAAGUGGAACAGUAUGAACGCGAAACGAGUCGCCUCAAGAAAGCUCUGGAGCGCAGCGAUAAGUAUAUCGAGGAACUAGAAUCUCAAAUCUCCCAUCUGAAAAACCACAGUGAGGAGAUGGAAAGCUCCAGCUCCAUUGGCCAAAGCGCACCUCCUGAGGGCGGCGCCGGCGACGAGGGCGGUAAGGAAGCCGCCGCGGCCCUGGAAAGCCCGGGAGAGACCCUGGGGGAGCUACCUGUGCCUUCUAGCCAGAGUCCCCCACCCCCAGCCCAAGCAGCGGGGAGCAGCCAGUCGGAGGGCAGCGGAGUUUGCACCAGCAUGACGAGCCCGGAGAGCUCAAACGAGGCCGAGCCGAGCUGCGAUAAAGGCAAAGAACUCUUCCCGGGCCGUGAAGUUCAACCAGCAGGUAUCGCCGACCCCAGUAUCGGGGCUUGCUUGGAAAGACGGUGGAGCAACAAGUCCGAUGAUGGGGCAUCCUACAAAGAUGAAGAACUCUAUGAUCUUCCGGCUCCUUCUACUCCCUCUCUGUCCCUCAGCUGCCUUCAGCUGAACACCCCAGACAACCAGGAAGGUUCCCUGGUGAAAGCCAAGGGCAUCAGGAAACACGCAAACCAUCUGAGGAAGCUGGUGUUCGAUGAUUUCUGUGGAGCCCCCGGUGACUGUGUCAAAGAUCCCCCCGAACUGGGGUCAAGCAGCGGGGAAAACAGGAGGAAGUCAGAGUGCUUCAAUCCGGAAAAGGCGGUGUUUUGGGAUUGUUGCCCGACCGACUACUCCCCAAGCUUAGGUUUUGAAAGUUCAGAGCCGGAUCCAGGAGCGAAUCCCUCGGGGGAACUAGCUAUGAAAGCCAACGAGAAGACAAGCUCUUGCCUCUCGAAAAGGUUACAUUCCAUCCGUUCUUUUGAGAUGAAUCGCACGAGAACAUCCAGUGAAGCGUCGAUGGAUGCCGCUUACCUGGAUAAGAUCUCCGAGCUGGACUCCAUGAUGUCCGAGUCUGACAACAGCAAGAGCCCCUACAACAACAGCUUUAAGUCCGUGGACUUGGAUACGCCGUCCAAAGCGGCUCCGUGUAGUGAAUUCCUGGAGGAAGUGGACAAGAAGCUGGAAGAGAGAACCAAACCGGGCGUCGUCCGAUGUUCCCUGUUGAGUGAUCAGUCAGGAAGUAAGAAUGAGUGGAAACCGGCCUCUUUUUUCAUCCUGUCUCCAACCGACCAGGAGGUGAAUGAGAACUUCCCCCUGUUUGGGACUCCCAAUUCGGGAACGAGUGAAUUCAAGCCCCAGAACUGUUUGUUUCAGCGGGAGUUCUCCCAGGGCUUUUUGCUCAGCAACUCGCCACGGUUAUUUGAAGAUCAGAAGUUGGGGUCAUCCUUUUUAAAGGUGUCCUCGGAGUUGCAUAAUCUUCAUAAUCCCCUUCAGUCUCCUUGGGCUGCUUCCUUUAUCCCUGAGAAGAGGAGUAAGAGUGUGAAUCAGUCAGCCAAAAGAAAAAUCCAGAACAGCCUUUCCAGUGCCAGCCCAUCAAAAGCUACUAAAAACUGACUCUGUUCCCUUUAACUGAGGGGGUUUGCCCUCGUCCCAUAAGAUGAAAAUGGCGGUUUCCAAGCGGUGUUUGGUUUUUUUUCCUUAGAUUUGGUUCCCAUUGACCGAUUAAGAAGGGAAAAGGAUUCAGCUGAGUCUUUUCUCCCACACCUUUCUUACCCGCCUGUAAACCGGACCUCUGUGAGUUGUGGGGUUUUACAAGGAAUUUUUUUUUAAUUCUGUGUGUCUGGGAAGAUGAGUAACUAAAUGCUUCAGUUCUUCGUUUGGAACGUUUGAGGGGCUGCUGGCAUUUGGGAGCAGCGAUAGUUUGACUUGGACACUGUCAAUUCCUGGUCUUUUGUCAUCAGAGAGCGUCUUUAAAAUGGCCGGGUCUCCACUGGCUAUAUAGCACUUCGUUUUCCUGGUGGUUUUCAGACUUGAGGAGAAUGGAUUACUCCCUCCAUGCCCUUGGCGGGAUCCCAAACUGGUGAAGUAGCACCGAACUGAAGUCUGUGUUGCUGUGUAGUUUUCUUUACGUUGUCUUUUCCUUUUAGCCAGAGUGGGCACAGCCCAGAUACGGGGAAGAAACCGCCUCGUGUUUGGUUUGAAUAAAGGUAUUUUGUGUCAGGCCCACUACCCCUUCUGGUCGUGCAGAGCCUAGAAUUCAGCAUCUGUUAAGAGGAAUAAAUGAUAGUUUCAUCCAUCUGGGGCAGAGGGCCCCAUACAUUCUCCACACUUAAGUCUAGUUCCCAGAAUUCUGCAUGACACUGUUCUUUCCCGAGGCCAUAGUUCAUGUGCAUGGUGACAUUUUAGAUCAUGCUGUGUUCUGUGAUUAACAGAAGUUAAGUUUCAGUUAGAUGAUAGAAUGUCUCUUAUUUAGGGCAGAUGCUUUCUUUUUUUGAGGGAGGGUUGGGGAAGAGCUAAGCACAAUUUUUAAUUUAAGCUCCGAAAAGCGUUGUUAUUCCUAACAUGUUCAGUGGGCCUGUGCAGGCCUUUAAAAAUGGGUUUGUAUGCUAAUGACUUGUUUACCUAAUGUGCACUGAACAUUUUACAUUAAUACUGUACUGUUUUACAUUAAUUCAGCAUGUUUUUUCUAUGUGAAUUGAAUAAAGGAUGUCAUAAGUACGGUA